GUUUCUAGCGGAGAAGGAAAAGACAAUUUUCUCCUAACCUCCCGGGCUCGCCUUCUUGCCUUCUGCUGCUCCUCUACUCCGCGUUUCCCCACCAAACCCUAACCCGAGCACCCAGCCCCUACCCGCGUCCGCUCGCGCCGGCCUUUGGGGCUCUCACUCUGAGCGGCAGGGAUCGGCAGGGCUCCGGUUGGGUCCCGGAAGCAUCCCAGUUGUUGGCGGGAAAACCGGGAAAUGGCGGAGAAGGAGGGGGCGAAGGUUGGGGCGGAAGAGAUGGAAGAGCGGGAGCAGGAAGGGGAGGCGGAGGAGGUGGAGGUGAAGUUUCGUCUCUUUGACGGCUCCGACAUCGGCCCCAUCCGCUGCAACGCCGCCGCCACCACCGUCGCCGCUCUCAAGGAUCGCGUCGUCGCCGACUGGCCCAAAGAUAAAUCAAUUAUCCCAAAGACUGCUAGUGAUGUGAAACUAAUAAGUGGAGGCAAAAUUCUAGAAAAUGACAAGAAUGUUGCACAGUGCAGAGCUCCUUUUGGUGAUCUUCCCAGUAGUGCUAUCACGAUGCACGUUGUCGUUCAACCAUCAUCAGCCAAAUCAAAACCAGAUAAGAAGGCGAACAAGUUGCCCAAAACCACACGUUGCUCAUGUACCAUACUAUGAACUAUGAAGGUCAAGUCCCUACGAGACCAACAAUAAUUUGUACGUCCACCAAAGAUUCUGCAGAGAAUUUGAGAACGCAGAUCCAAGAUGUCCAUGUCAUUCUCUGCCAACGAGUGGCAAUGGCGAAACACGUCCAUAUGUUGUAAGCUAUGUAAUUGUAACUUAGGUACAAAGAGUCGGUCCCUCUGCCGUGCGGAUAGGGAAAAUAGUAUGCUGGUUGCCCUGUUUUACCCUACAAGAUGUUCUAUAUGUACAAGAUACAGACACGCUAUUUUGGGUCUAGUGACCUUGUUCCCAAUUCACCUUUUAAAAUUUGUUUCAGAGUUGAGUAUCCUUUUGGGCACUGAGUCAAUAUGAGUCUAAGUCGAUUGAUUGCAGAAACAUUUUCAACUA